AUGGAAGAGUUGUUGAAAAGUGAGGGUUGGUACCUGAGUGAAGAUGGUUUGGCCGACAUAAGAGAAAACCUUGAGGUUGAACAACCUAGUUUGGGCGAAAUCAUCAAAGAAGCUCUGAACACAGACCUUCGGAGCAUUAGUCGAGGAAUUUUACCGCGCGAUCUGACAAAUCAAAAAUCGAUAACUGGACCAUUGGUUCUGCAAUUAUUGUCUAUAAUAAAUUUAUCCACUCCUGCCCAAAAUCAACAAGUCACCCCUAGAUUAUUUCAAUUAACAUUCACUGACGGAGUAAAGAAGAUCAAAGGGAUAGAAAUAUUGGGUGAAGUUGAAGAUGCGAAUUUGAACACACCACCGGGCACCAAAUUCCUGGUCACCAGUGAGAUCACCCUCGAAAAUAACUUUUUACAUCUUGGCCCUGGGUUACUGAGGAAUUUGGGCGGAGAGGUGGAAGAAAUGAUAAAGGAAUGGAAAGUGGGGAGGCAAUUCAUCACCCGUAGUCGUGCAUCAGUCAAAAAGGAUGGUGAAGUGAAAGGUGGGGACGAUGGUCCACCGCCAUUCGUGCCUUUCAAGAUCAAGGAUCAUAAUCGUCAAACGGUGUCCUCCUCCAGCAACGCCCAGGUCGAGGGCGAGGAAAUCAAGGGAAUCGAGGAAACCGAGGCGGAAGGCAAAAUCAUGGUGAUAGAGGUGGAGCUCGACAAUUCAACGAAACGCCGACGUUCAAUGAAAAUCAACAUCGUGGACAAAAUAGAGGCAGGGGUAGAGCAAGUGGCAGAAACCCAAGGGGACAUCACAUGCCUCCGUCGACAAAUCGUGGACAUUAGGUGA